CCUAGCGCCGGCGCCUCAGACUCCCCUCUACCCCCUUCGCUCUCUUCCCUCGCGCCGCCGCCACCGAGAUGGCCCCGAAGAAGGACAAGGCCCCGCCGCCGUCGUCGAAGCCGGCCAAGUCCGGCGGUGGCAAGCAGAAGAAGAAGAAGUGGAGCAAGGGAAAGCAAAAGGAGAAGGUGAACAACGCGGUGAUGUUCGACCAGGCCACCUUCGACAAGCUGCUCUCCGAGGUGCCCAAGUACAAGCAGAUCACCCCAUCCGUCCUCUCCGAGAGGCUUCGGAUCAAUGGCUCCCUGGCUCGGAGGGCUAUCAAGGACCUGAUGGCUCGUGGCCUCAUCCGGAUGGUCUCAGUGCACUCAAGCCAGCAGAUCUACACCAGGGCAACCAACACUGUGUAAUGCCUUUGUUCGCCCCUCCCUGUAGGGGGAGGUCCUUUGCUUAAGAACAGUUGUCAUCUUUGUCAAGUGUCUGCUAUUGUUAUGUUACUUGUGAUGAAAUCAGCAUCUCUACAUGACUGAAACAUUUGAGAGAUUUUGGGUAUUAGUUUGGUACUAUGCUGGUUUGCCUAUUAUUACAAAUUACUUUGUCCCAA